GUGCGCUGCUUGUGAUCCUCCGUGUCCAGUUCACGCCCACUGUGUUCGGUGCGCACUGAGGAGACUCCAGUUGACAAAAUAUUCAGAUGCAAAACAUGGCGAGGUUAAGUGAGCAUGGGAUCCGUCUGAGUUCUAUGUGUCCUUCCUUUUUAAACAGCAACUCCACCAGUCACACAUGGCCUUUCAGCGCGGUGGCAGAACUAAUAGACAAUGCAUCCGAUCCUGGUGUGUUGGCAAAGCAGAUCUGGAUUGAUUUUACCAAAGAAGCUGAUCACCUCUGUCUGAGUUUUACUGAUAAUGGCAGUGGGAUGACUCCCAACAAACUCCACAAGAUGCUCAGCUUUGGUUUUACUCAUAAGGGCUCGGGUAAAGCGAGUCUGCAGGCCAUCGGUGUGUACGGUAACGGCUUCAAGUCUGGCUCCAUGCGUCUGGGCCGGGACGCGCUCAUCUUCACCAAGAAUGGCGGCUGCCAGACAGUAGGAAUGUUGUCUCAGACCUACCUGAAGAACAUCAAGGCCCAGGCCGUCGUCGUUCCCAUCGUGCCCUUUAACCAACAAACCAAGUCGUUUGUAGUGACAGAGGACUCUGAAGCCAGCUUAUCUGCCAUCCUCCAACACUCCAUCGUCUCCUCUCUGGAGCAGAUUCAUGUACACUUUGACUCCAUUCGCUCCAAAAAAGGCACAAAGAUACUCAUCUGGAACAUUCGCAGGGCCAAAGAUGAUAAACCAGAGAUCGACUUUGAGACAGAUCCGAGCGACUUCCGCUUGCCGGAGAUUCACAUCGAGGAACUGAGGAAGGGUCUGAGAAACAGUGGAUCAGUCAGAGCUGAACAGAACAUCCCAGACAUGUAUUACAGCCUCAGAGCCUACCUCAGCAUCUUGUACCUGAAGCCGAGGAUACAGAUCAUACUGAGGGGGGAAAAGAUUCAAGCCAAGCUGGUGUCGAAGAGGUUGAAGCACAUUGAGCUCGAUGUCUACAAACCCCAAUUCAGUAAAGAGAAAGUGAGGGUGACAUUUGGAUUGAACCCGAAAAACAAAGAGCACUAUGGCAUCAUGAUGUACCACAAGAACCGACUCAUCAAAGCCUAUGAGAAAGUGGGCUGUCAAAUGAAGACUUCAGGACAAAGAGCAGGAGUGGGAGUCAUUGGUGUCAUUGAGUGUAACUUUCUUAAACCAGCUCACAACAAGCAGGACUUUGAGUACACCAAAGAAUACAGACUGACCCUCGGUGCUUUGGGCAUAAAACUCAAUGACUACUGGAAAGAAGUGAGCGAGAAGAAGGCCAGAGAGCGAGAGUUUCAGGCUGUGGACAAAGAGAGUAAUGAAGACAAGCAGGAUGCAGAUGAGGAUCCCAUGUGGAUUCAGUGUGAAGAGUGCCUGAAGUGGAGGAGUGUUCCUGCAGGACAUUACAGUGUCGUUCCUGAAAACUGGAACUGCAGCCUGAACCCAAAUGCACGUUUCAGAAGCUGCUCUUCACCAGAGGAGGAGGACGACGAUAAGGAGCUGUUAACACCCAGCUACCAGAAAAACCACAAGAAACAAGAGCAUCCCAGAAACACAAGACGAGAGAAAUCAUUUGAGUCCGACGACAGAGCGGCUAAACAUCAGCCCAUCUCACGCUGUUCAUCAGAGCCCAGUCAGCCCACCUUCCAUUCCACACUCACACCCAGUCACAAAGCCACAGGAGAGCUGAGCAACAGGAUGGAAAACACACCUGAACAGGACCAGAUGAACACAGAAGGGCGCACAGAUCGUCACACAAACACAAGCAGCGCUGCAGGAAAUCCAAGCACAGUCACAAACACACAGAAGGAGCAUCUUAGAAGAGACACCGUCAUUAAAGAUUCAUCACAAAUUACACAAGGAGACAUGAGAAAGAACAAUAUGACAGAAGCACAGACUACAAAUACCCUAAGGCUCAAGAGGAAAUCACAAUCAUUAGUUUAUUAUGUAGAUAAGAAGUCACGACCUACGGAGCAGCAACAGGCAGAUUCAGAGGAUAUUACACAAGAUUUGGUUCCUGGCAAAGAAAAUAAAAUAACAAAGACACUUUCCUCAGAAAAGAACAGUUACAGCCAGGUGGAAAUACUUACGAACAACAUCUUAAAGUGCACCCACUCAGUCCCCUCUGCCCCGACUCUGGAGAUGUCGUCACAAACAGAGGAUUCAUGGAACAGGUGGGCAGAAAUGGACAACCAAGAAGCAAAAGUGAAAAAGCUGACUGAGUUGGAGAAAGAAGCCCAGAGAUUACGAUGUCUCCUGGGUUUGGAAAUCACCAAGACAAGUCAAAGCACAAUGACAGGACCUGAUAACAGCAGAGAAACGCCAGAGGAACAGACGGAGACGCUGUCCGCCAUAGUAACCACAGACGUUGGCUGCCAAGCGGACACAGCUGAGAGCUCUGCUUCAUCCAGCGACUGGACCCAGGUUUCAGAACUUCACAAGGUGCUGGUCCAGGGCUCAAGAACCAUGUGUGGGAUGAAGGAGUCUGAGCAGAACCGGCCCUUGAAAGAGUGGAAUGAAAGUCACAGCAGGAUUAGAUUCGGCAACAGCGAGGCCUGUGGACUUGAAGACAACAGCAUGGUGCAGGAGAAACUACACAGCCUCCGAAACAACGUGGUGGUCCUUCUCACGGCUCUGCUGCCCCAGCUGGACCUGACGGGCAUCAGUUUAGACACCAGUGAUGUGGACAACAUCCUGCAGCAGAUCAUAGAUGUCAAUUCUCUCAAACUGUGAUCGUUGCACAAGUCCAGGAUGCCAGGAUUUCCAGUAGUUAAUUUUUUUUACUUUUUUGAUAAAACUAUGACUAAACGACAUAUACAUAUUAGUGAGUUUUAUUUGUAAUACUCCUUCUAUGGAUGUGUGAUAUGAGGAUUGUUUGACAAUAAGGAAAAUGUUGAGUUAUGGAAGUCACACUCUUCUUGGUUGUUUUUUUAUCAUUAACAGAAAUAUUUUAACUGAAUUAACAGAACAAUUACUGUACCAUGGAAAUAUACAAUUACUGUCAUAUAAAAGUUAGAUAUUGCGACAGAGGAGUUUUGUUAUUGUUAACUAUUUAUUUUAUUUUUAUACAUAUUGUCAAAAUAUUCAUGUCUUAAUUUUCGUUGUUCGGUUAAUUUCAUAUCAGUCUGUUUAUGUUUGCAUUAAAAAUUGAAAAAAGAAAAUAUAUUUCCUCAUUGUGAAGAUAGAUUCAGUAGUGUCCGACAGCAGCUAAAAAUGCAGUUUUGUAGUACUUUUAUUUGACACAGGGUGGCAUCAAAUCCCUCUGAACAGAUGUUUCUUCCUGAUAGCAGUUGGAAAGUUCUUAUUAUUUCAGACAUAAGACCAAUAGACUCCAAGAUAAAACUAUGAUGUGUUCAGUGCUGAUUAUAUGCAUUAUGUAGUCAUUGAUGAGCUACAAUUAUCAAUCAACCACACUAUUCAAGAUUAAAAAGACAUUUAUACAGUCAAAGAGGGUCUGACAUUUCAGACAUUUGUACAUUUUUAUCAUUAAAAAGUGACAGUUUGGACAAAGCCCAAACAUUGUCAGACUAACUCAGAUGCA